AACUGCUCUUGCCCAAGCUAGCGGAACACGGGCUUAAUGGCUGAACGCUACCUGUCAACACUCAACACUUCGAUGAAGCUAUAGUUCCGCUGGUUUCAUAUCGUCUGCUUUUGUCAGGUGCAAGUGCUGUCUCCAGUGUUAUGGAUCAACCAUGAAGGCCCAACUGCAAGUUACUGUCAUUUCUGCCAAGCUGAAGGAAAAUAAAAAGAACUGGUUUGGCCCGAGUCCCUAUGUCGAAGUCACUGUGGAUGGACAGUCAAAGAGAACUGAGAAGUGCAACAACACUCAUAGUCCGAAAUGGAAGCAGGCUCUCACUGUAAUUGUGACUCCAGUCAGCAAACUGAUCUUCCGUGUCUGGAGCCAUCAGACACUGAAAGCAGACAUCUUGUUGGGAACGGCCACUCUGGAGAUCAAUAAGACCCUUAAGGACAAUGACCUGAAAUUGUGCGAGGUGGUGCAGACACUGCAGCUGUGCUCUGACAGAGACGCCCGGGACGUCGUGGGGGACUUGUCUGUUUGUUUGGAUGGCAUGCAGGUCGACCCAGAAACCUUUGCAUCUGCGGAGAGGGAACAAGCUGCUCUUCCAAAUGGAAAUUCAAGGCAAAAUGGAGACACUGGCAACAGGUCGAGCAGAGACACUUCUCCCUCCAGUGAUUCAGAGGAGUGGGUCAUCGUUCCCAGCCAAGCGGUCAACGGCACCGCCUCUCCCUCCCGGUCACCAGGCGGUUCCUCCACCUCCCGCCCCCCCAGACCUGCCAGACCCCCUCCUCCGAUGCCACGCAGACCUGCAGCCUCUCCAACCUCUACCAGUAGCUCUUCCCCCAGCGAGUUGAGCGAAGGGCCCGUUACCGAUGGCUCCUCUCUGGCGUCGGCUAGCGGCUGUUCAGAUCAGCAGGAUGAAUCGGGUGCAGCAGCGGCGGCGGCGGCCGCAACGGCAGCAAGUUCUACACAGACAGCGACUGGGCCCAAACCCGGGAGCGCGGCCCCUGCAGCACCAGCUGCUGCAAACCCCAGGAUCACUCCCAUGAACAACUGUCCCUUACCACCAGGCUGGGAGCAGAGGGUGGACCAGAACGGACGGGUGUACUUCGUGGACCACAUUGAAAAAAGGACAACUUGGGACAGACCGGAGCCUCUCCCCACUGGGUGGGAGCGCAGGGUGGAUCCAAUGAAUCGGGUUUAUUAUGUUGACCACAUAACCCGAACUACCACGUGGCAGCGCCCCACACAGGAGUCGGUGCGCAACUAUGAGGAGUGGCAGCACCAGCGCAGCCAACUCCAGGGAGCCAUGCAGCAGUUCAACCAGCGGUUCAUUUAUGGGACUCAGCCUCAAGAUCAGUUAGCAGCUACAGCCAACAAAGAGUUUGACCCGCUCGGACCUUUGCCGCACGGUUGGGAGAAAAGAACAGACACAAAUGGCAGAGUAUAUUUCGUACAUCACCCGACUCGGACGACUCAGUGGGAGGACCCCAGGACUCAGGGGCUGCUGAAUGACAAGCCUCUGCCGGAGGGUUGGGAGAUGAGGUUCACUGUGGAUGGCAUUCCCUACUUUGUGGACCACAACAGGCGAACCACCACCUACAUUGACCCUCGCACAGGGAAAUCCUCUCUUGAAAAUGGACCACAGAUAACCUACGUCAGGGACUUCAAAGCCAAAGUGCAAUACUUCAGGUUCUGGUGUCAGCAAUUGUCGAUGCCUCAGCACAUAAAAAUUACUGUCUCAAGGAAAACCUUGUUUGAAGAGUCAUUUCAGCAGAUCAUGAGUUUUCACCCUCAAGACCUGAGGCGGAGGCUGUGGAUUAUUUUCCCUGGAGAGGAGGGCUUGGACUAUGGAGGCGUGGCUAGGGAAUGGUUUUUCCUGCUUUCGCACGAAGUACUGAACCCCAUGUACUGUUUGUUCGAGUACGCUGGCAAGGACAACUACUGCCUUCAGAUCAACCCCGCCUCGUACAUCAACCCUGAUCACCUCAAAUACUUCAAGUUCAUCGGGCGCUUCAUCGCCAUGGCCUUGUUCCAUGGGAAAUUCAUUGACACGGGCUUCUCGCUGCCUUUCUACAAGCGAAUCCUGAACAAACCCCUCGCUCUCAAAGAUCUGGAGUCCAUAGAUCCUGAAUUCUACAAUUCGCUGAUUUGGAUCAAGGAUAAUAAUCUGGAGGAGUGUGGUCUGGAGAUGUUCUUCUCGGUCGAUAAGGAGAUCCUUGGGGAGGUCACCACUCACGAGCUGAAACCAGGUGGCGAGAACAUCCAAGUGACUGAAGAAAACAAGGAGGAAUAUAUCAGGUUGGUGGCGGAGUGGAGGCUAUCCAGAGGUGUGGAGGAACAGACCCAGGCGUUCUUCGAGGGCUUCAAUGAAGUUCUUCCUCAGCAAUACCUUCAAUACUUUGAUGCAAAGGAGUUAGAGGUGAUGCUGUGUGGAAUGCAGGAGAUCGAUUUGGUGGACUGGCAAAGAAACACAAUCUAUAGACAUUAUGCCAGAAGUAGCAAGCAAAUUCUUUGGUUCUGGCAGUUUGUGAAGGAGAUGGACAACGAGAAGAGGAUGAGGCUGCUGCAGUUUGUCACGGGAACUUGUCGUCUCCCCGUGGGAGGCUUCGCCGACCUGAUGGGAAGCAAUGGUCCGCAGAAGUUUUGCAUUGAGAAAGUGGGCAAAGAAAACUGGCUUCCACGAAGCCACACAUGCUUUAAUCGUCUGGACCUUCCUCCUUAUAAGAGUUACGAGCAACUGAAGGAGAAACUCAUUUUCGCCAUAGAGGAGACGGAAGGCUUUGGACAGGAGUAAUCCCAGAGGAGGGGCCCCUGCAAGCUGGGACAAAACAGCGGUUGGAUGGAGGAGCCAUAUAUCCAUUUCAGCCAAAAGCACCUUUAACAAGAUUCCCCCCCCCCCUUUGCAGCCGAGCGGCUGCUCACACUCCGGUAGAUGGACUCACGACUUGUUGUCUCUCACAGUUGCAUUCACACAAACCAACCACAGAGGUAUGACGAUCCGCUCACCGUCUCGCUCGUAUGACCGAUUCCUCCCUUAUCUGCUUGACUUCACUUCGCCCCCGUGAGCCUUUCCCAGCUCGUCAUGUCCGCACUCGCCGUUUGUUGCGCAAGUACAGUUUCAACACGCACAUUUGCAGAUCUGUGCAAAAUAGUACCUUCUGAACAGACACCUUGUCAGGUUUAUGCAGUAGAAUGAAUGAAUUCAGUGGAGAAACCAUUUCUGUGCAUUUAAACCUACAUUUAUGAAGCGUUUCGUCUGGACGUCAGAUAUUCGCACAUGUUUAUUUUGGGUCUUUCCGACUACUUAAUGUCUUUAUUUUAAGGGUGAAUGAAUGGAAACUUGUUUUUUCCAAUAAUUGACGGACUUGACGUGACUCCUGUAGCUCAUUUGCAGUUAUUCUAUUAAUUUUGAUGAGCAUAACCACAUUGCUUUCUCGACUGAAUGAGUUAAAAAGUGGAGGGAGUUUGCACAUGCUCGUGCCAGCAUGAAGAUGGGCGUGAUUGUUCUACAGAGAAGCUGUAUUUUUAUGUGCAAUAGUUUUGUAACAAAAAAAAAACCUUUUUCGCCAAUUCUAGAGCCAAACUGAUUCGUUUGAUCGUUUUUAUAACACUUUGGUAAGAUUUCGCGUUUACUGUUUCUUUAAAUCCUAACAUUGAGUCGAGAAUACUUGCAUUCUUUCAUAUAGAUUUGAUGAAACGGCUUUUGUUGUGAAUUGAUUUGACGAGGUUUGCCUUCCCAUCACAGUUUUUUGUGCAUUUCAUUAGCGUAUUUGUACACUCACUUCAUUUGUCAGUUGGGGAGACUGAAACUGUGAAUGCUUUGCUUCAUACUUGCUAGCUGUUACUGAUGACGUGGGGAGCAUCGGGGUGUAACGGUAUACCGGGGAAAGCGGCGACUUGUUUCGGGGAUGAAAUGUUCCCACCGAAUGGUAGUCAGUUUUCCUUUUAGACGUUCAGAGUAUUAUUUUUACGGUAGCUCAGAGAGCUGGAAAGAAGAGCUCCUCAUCGGCUU